AUGUUGGAAUUGUUCAGGGCUUGUUUUGGGUCUUCCCGUAAGAAAAAACAUCAUGAUGAUGACAACAACCAUGAGAUUGAGACAGAUGAGUUUAUGGAAAUGAAUCAACAUCAUCCCAUCGGAAUGAAUCGCAGUGGAGAUGAUGAAGAGGCAUCUACCAAACAACGACGAAACAGCAACAUCCACCAUCCUCCUUCUCAUUCCCACUCUGCUGCUUCCUAUUACUAUGAAACUAGACAAUCAUCAUCGUCCUUUUCAGAGGAUCAUCAUCACCACAGUGAAGAUGUGUCAUCUCUGUCUUCAACAAACAAUCACGAUUACUAUGAAGACAACAACCUUUACUCCUCUUCAACGAACUGUUUCAAUCUCUCUCCCAUCAAAUUAAAUCAAAAUGUGAAAGAAUACAGUACCGAUGAAUACAAACAAUUAUGGAAACAAUUCGGAGAUUGUCAUGUCACAUUGGAAUAUUCAAUUAUUUUUCAUGAUGAAUCAUCAUUCAACAAUUGUGAAGAAUUCAAAUCCUGUUUAGAUCACACAUUGGAAUCAAAUUUUAUUUACACAUUGGCAUCAGGAGUGAAUCAUCAUUUAAUCACAUUUUAUAAUUAUUGUGAAAGUAUGAAUAAUGUCACUUAUUUAGUUGAAUGCCAAGUCAAUUAUGAUACUCGACAUGCCAAAGCGAGGAUAAAAUACAGUGCUAAUCAGGAAUUGUCUAAUUUUGUAAAUCAUUUUGAAAAGGUGACAGCAAGUUUUUUUAAAAGAAUUAAAUAA